AUGGACCCUCUGCUGGAAGCAAAUGCUACUUUUUCCUUAAAGCUUUUUAGACUAUUGGGCGAAGACAGCUCAAAAAAUGUAUUUUUCUCACCCUCGAGCAUGUUUUCAUCUCUGGCUAUCGGCUUAUUGGGAGCAAAUGGAACCACUGCAAGCCAGAUAAGUCAGGUACUUUCUUUGGAUAAACGCAGCAAUGGAGGUACAGAUGUCCAGCAGGGCUUCCAGUCACUUCUCACUGAAGUGAACAAGACUGACACAGGGCACAUGCUCAAAAGCACCAACAAGGUCUUCAGUGAUAACAAUUUUGACAUCAUGGAAUCUUUUAAAGAGUCCUGCUACAAGUUAUACAAAGUAGAGAUAGAAAAGUUGGACUUUAAGGGUACUCCGGAGCAGUGCCGACAGCACAUCAAUGCCUGGGUAGCCAAAGAGACAAAAGAUGUAAUCAGAGAGUUGCUGUCUCCAUAUACAGUGAAUUCAAACACUAGGCUGAUCCUUGUGAAUGCCACCUGCUUCAAAGGAAACUGGGAGAAGCCAUUUAACAAAAAGGAUACCAGGGAGAUGCCUUUCAAAGUCAGCAAUAAUGAGAAGAAAACAGUUCAAAUGAUGUUUAAAAAGUCUACCUUCAAAACUUACUAUGUGGAAGAGAUAUCUAGUACUAUUGUAUCCCUUCCUUAUACUGACAAAGAGCUGAGCAUGAUCAUCAUGCUUCCAGACGAACAAGUUGAACUGAGUAUGGUAGAAAAUCAAAUAUCUUACAAGAAACUUAUUCAGUGGACGAGGCUUGUCAAGAUGGAAGAAGAAGAAGAAGUGGAGGUUUUUCUCCCACGGUUUAAGCUGGAGGAGAACUAUGACAUGAAGGAUGUCAUCUGCAAGCUGGGCAUGACUGAUGCCUUUGAGGAGAGCAGAGCAGACUUUUCUGGAAUAUCUUCCAAGCAAGGCCUAUUUCUGUCCAAUGUUGUGCACAAAAGUUUUGUGGAAGUCAAUGAAGAAGGCACAGAGGCUGCAGUUGCCACUGAAAUAGUCACAGUGGGGUCACCACUAACUCAGCGGUGCUUAAUUGCUGACCACCUCCUUUUCCUCAUUCAAGGUGAUAAAAGCAAAGAGAUUCUGUUCCUUGGCCGGUUCUCUUCUCCCUGA